AGUUUUGUUAAUUUUUUUAAUCUUUCAGAACAUUCUUUAUUGGACAUAAAAUGGGGAUUUUCAACACAAGUACUCCAUUUGAUCAGAUUGUGGAAAAGGUGACAGAUGAGAAGAGUAAAGAAGAUUGGGGGCUUAUAAUGGAGGUUUGUGAUAGAGUUGGAGCAACGACUACUGGUCCUAAGGAUUGCCUGCGUGCAAUUUAUAAACGAUUACAGCAUCAGGACCCUCAUGUUGUACUACAGGCAUUAACACUGUUGGAUGCCUGUGUCAAUAACUGUGGGCAAUCCUUCCUAUUAGAGGUUGCAAGUCGAGAUUUUGAGACCGAAUUUCGGAAAGUGCUCGUUAAAGUUCAUCCAAAGGUUCAAGAAAAAAUGAAAUCUCUUCUGAAAAGCUGGGCCAAUGGUGAAUUUAGUAAAGAUCCUAAAUACAGUCUAAUCCCUUCGCUCUACAAUAAUCUGAAGAGAGAAGGUCAUAGCUUUGGUGGAGAGGAAGGCAAGGAAGUAAGAAGAGAAGUGCCUAAAGAUCCGAACGUUGUUCAGUCCCAACAAGAGGAAGACGACAUUGCAAAGGCUAUACAGCUUUCUUUACAAGAGAACUCAAAACAGAAGAGUACUUUGCCUGCUGCAAGUUCUGCUGUACUCUACCCUACGAAUAGUUUGUAUUCAUCAGGAGGCUCUUCUAUGGCAUCUAACAGUGUGAUUUCAUCAAGCAGCUCGCGACCAGAGAAGAAAGCAAGAUGUUUAUAUGAUUUCGAGGCUGCUGAAGACAAUGAAUUGACAUUUAAAGCAGGUGAAGUGCUGGUUAUACUAGAUGAUGAGGAUCCAAAUUGGUGGAAGGGAUCGAACCAUAGAGGAGAAGGAUUAUUUCCGGCAAACUUUGUGACCUUGAGUCUAGAACCUGAACCCAGUGAGCGAAGAAAGUCGGUUCAGUUUAAUGAGGAGGUUGAAGUUAAGACUGUUGAAAAACUGGAUUUUACACCUCAGCUGACGGUCGACGAAGGUAAAAGAAUAUCCGUUAAGUAUUUGGUUGUUAAUACUUUCUUGUUGAAGAAAGUUUCCCAGACAGAAAGGAAAUGUGCCAUAUUAAUAUACCAAUCCAACAUCAUAAUGAAGGUUGCAUCAAUGUGUCCUUUAAUCGACGCCGAGCUGGAAAGGAUCGACAGGCAACAUGCUAGGUUAACUCGUUUAAGUCACGAGCUUGUGGACGCACUCUCCCUUUACCAUACUCUCAUGCGGGAGAUGCCGAGCAUGCAAUAUCCUCCCUACUCCAUGGUUAGCUUCAUGCCCGGAAUGCCGCCCGCCUCAAUUCCUAUAUCGAGCAACCCAGUCGGCAUGCCAGCUUACACCAUGCAGUCGGGGAACAAUAUGUCUGGUACGUCAGGCUUGGGUGGUUCAACAGGUCCUACAGGUCAAGUCUACUACAUGGAUUCUAGCAUGUCAGCCCAAAGAUAUCAUGGUUCUGCUCCACCCCCAACUCCUCCUAUGGGUUACCCAGGCUCGGCCCCACCUCCUACUCCACCCUUGCAAGAUCCAAACAUGAUGGCGCAAAAUCCUGACCACGCCCCUCAGAUGUUGUACUCUUCACCCCAGAUGAUAUACUCCACCCCUCAGUAAACUUGAAUUACUAAAAUUACAUUGAGAACAGUAUAGGGACAUUGUUUUUAAAAAAUAAAAUUUUAAUUUAGUCAUUCCUACAUGAUUGUUUAACAAAGAUAAUGACAGACUACCGUUAUCUGUUUCAUAAUAUUGAAUCGAUCCAGGAAGCAACAUGCAUUUAUUUCAAAUACACAACAAAACAAAAGAAUUACAUUACUUUCACCCUUCUUUUAACCCUUAUCAACCCCUCCCUUAUCCUCAUAUCUUAAUCAUUUAGUACACGUGCAUAUACUAUGUUUAAAUUAUUGGUUCGCAUUAGAUACACUAUCGACUUGGAUGUCACGUUUAACUUCGAUUAAAUCAAUUUAUAGCUGUAAAAGUACACGAGGAUGUUUCAAAUUAUGUGCGGGAAAUUUAAGUGAGUCGUAUUCCAAUAAAAUUAGAACUAUAAAAUAAAAUUAUUUUAUGUGAUUUAACAUUGACCUAAAAUUGUGAUUUGGAUAAGAAAGGUAUACAUAAAAAAAUAAAUGAUUUUUCUUUUUUU